AUGAAAAGGAAAAAUUCGUUUCAGACAUGGCUAUUGUUCACGGCUUUAGCGCUUACAUUUUCGGUUCAGUCGACUGCCGGACAGAUUCGCUACUCCAUACCUGAGGAGACGGCAAUAGGAUCGUUUAUUGGAAAUAUUGCCGUGGACCUUAGCCUUGAUCCUGAGCGACUCUUGUGGGGGAGAGCACGAGUUUUCACCGCGGGUGGCACUGAAUAUGUGGGACUAGAUAAGGAGAAAGGACAUUUGGUCGUGAAAGAGGUAAUAGACCGAGAGCAGCUAUGUGGGGAAGUGUCCGUUUGUAGCAUCAGCUUUGAGGUGAUCCUGGAAAACCCAAUGGAGCUUUAUCGUGUUACUGUGGAUAUACUCGAUAUCAACGACAACAGCCCAGUAUUUCCAAGGGGUGAAAUACAACAAGAGAUCAGUGAGUUAGCCAUUCCCGGAGCACGUUUUUCAUUAGAAAGCGCAAUAGAUCCAGACGUGGGCGUAAAUACUCUUCAGAAAUAUGUUUUACAUCCCACUGAUCAUUUUAAUCUAAAUGUACAGAGUCGCGUUGACGGCAGCAAAAGUGUUGAAAUGGUUCUUAAAAUUCCUCUUGACAGAGAAAAGAAAACGCAUCAUUAUUUAACACUAACUGCUCUCGACGGUGGAAACCCUCAAAGGACGGGCACUGUAAAAAUCCACGUUGUGGUUCUCGAUGCCAACGAUAAUGCACCCGUAUUCAGUCACAGUGUGUAUAAAGCGUCGGUGACUGAAAAUGCAGUUAAAGGGACAAUUGUGGCGAUAGUUAGUGCAACCGAUGCAGAUGACUCUAGCCACCACAUCGAGUAUUAUUUUGAUCAUGCAACUGCUAGCGUCACAUCUCUUUUCUCGAUAGAUUCAGUCACGGGAGAGGUUAGAGUCAAAGGAGACGUAGAUUAUGAGAAGAAUAAACAAUUAAGGAUAAAAGUGAAAGCUAAAGAUCAUGGUGGCUUAACAGAUUCAUCUGAGCUCAUUAUUGAUGUUAUUGAUGUGAACGAUAACAAACCGAAAAUAACAAUUAUGUCGUUUUCGAGCGCUGUACCCGAGGACGCAGCUCUUGGCACAAUAGUCGCAAUGAUAAAUGUGAAAGACUUGGACUCUGACGAGAAUGGUAGAAUCAGUUGUUCUAUAGAUCCGGACCUUCCAUUCAAAAUAGAAUCAUCAUUGCCUAACAACUACAAUCUCGUAACGGAUUCAGCGUUAGACAGAGAACAGACACAAGAUUAUAAUAUAACAAUAACUGCAGCUGAUGGAGGCACUCCGUCACUUUCAAGUACAGAGCUUUUAACCUUAAAAAUAUCAGAUGUCAACGAUCAUGCACCACAGUUUCAACAGCAAACUUACAAUGCAUAUAUCCUGGAGAACAAUUCCCCGUCUGUGUCAAUCUUUUCCGUUAAAGCUGCGGAUAAUGACUGGGGACCCAAUGCUAGAGUAUCUUAUUUCAUUGCAGAUGGAGAUUUAAAUGGAGAUUCUCUGACAUCAUAUGUCUCUAUAAAUUCAGAUAGUGGAGUCAUUUAUGCUGUGAAGUCGUUUGAUUUUGAACAACUAAAAUCAUUCAAAAUACAAGUGAAAGCUCAAGAUGGGGGUUCACCACCUCUAAGCAGCAAUACAACACUGAACAUUUUCAUCCAAGACCAGAACGACAAUGCACCUCAGAUUCUAUACCCUGUGCAGACAAGCAGCUCAGUGGUAGCUGAAAUGGUGCCUCGUUCAGCAGAUGUUGGCUACCUUGUCACUAAAGUUGUGGCUGUUGAUGUGGACUCUGGACAGAAUGCCUGGCUCUCCUAUAAACUACAGAAAGCCACAGACAGGGCUCUGUUUGAAGUUGGAGCACAGAAUGGAGAAAUCAGAACAGUGCGUCAGGUCACUGAUAAAGAUGCUGUGAAACACAGACUCACUGUUGUGGUGGAAGAUAAUGGACAACCCUCUCGUUCAGCUACAGUCAUUGUCAAUGUUGCUGUGGCCGACAGUUUCCCUGAGGUCAUUUCAGAGUUCACCAACUUUAACCAUGACACAACAUACAGUGACAAUCUGACUUUUUAUUUAAUUUUGGCUCUGGCUGUGGUUUCAGUACUCUUCAUUUUCUCACUAAUUGCCAUCAUUUCAGUCAAAAUCUAUAGGUGGAGGCAGAACAGGUUAUUUUAUAAAUCUGCACCAAAUCUACCAGUGAUUCCAUAUUACCCUCCAGUCUACGCCGAUGGUACUUUACAGCGCGUGUAUAAUUAUGAGAUGUGUGGAACAACUGAUUCCAGGAUGAGUGACAUCAAGUUUGUCAGGCCUUACAGUCAGAACACACUGGUGAAUAUGAGUCGUGCAGGAACUGUACAGAGAGAAAAGAAAGAACAGGAGGAGGACGUUGACCAUUCCUUAGAGGUGAGACACUUGGCCUGA